CACGGCGUAGGCACUACGCAGGGUGAGUGGGAGAGAGGGAGCUACAGAGGAAGAGAGAGAGAGAGAGAGAUAGAGAGAGGGGGAGAGAAGUGAGAGAGAAAGAGAAGCCAUUACGGAGAUUCCACACAGAGAAUCGUCAGACGGCAGAGAAAGCAUCCCAGCUUUGCAUGUAGGUCGACCGAACGCCUCGCCAAAACCACUCGAGGAGAGAAUCUGAGCAGGAAAGGCUGAUCACGAAAAUCCAAACGUGAUAGAUAUUAAACCAGGUAUGGAGAGCCUGCUAGAUAACCCAAUGAAAGCCGUGCUGUAUCUGAAGGAACUCACCACCAUCGUGCAGAACCAGCAGAGCCUGAUCCAGACGCAGCGCCAGCGUAUCGACGAGCUCGAGCGGAAGGUGGAGGACCUCAUUGGGGAAAACCGCCAUCUGCGGGACCCCCAUCAGUCCUAUCACCACCACCACCACCCGUCUCCCCGCAGUACAAGCCCUCAGCCACCCGUCCACCUGCUCCAGCAUCCAGGGGGCAACAAAGCCGGGGUUCAUCCUAGCCAGCAACCGCAGCAGGUCGCCUCUUUAACAGCACAGCCUCCGCAGCAUCCUCCCCCUCCGACGCCUCCAGUUCACCAUCCGCAGCAACUGCAGCUGGUGCCCACCUCCCCGCCGUCUCCAAAAGCGGGCCAGAGCAGCCCCGACUCAGCGGAGGAGGACAAGAAAAGCCCGGCGUGCUGCAAGUCCCUGGUCCCGCAAACACCUACGACUCUGUGCCGCUCCGUUGGACUUGCCAGGAAAGCAGAGAACCAGACUGUGCUGCACCAGUUCUGCUGCCCGGCCCCAGAGGCCCCCGAGGGGGAGUCCUCGGCCUGUGUCCCCAGAUCGAAAUGUUAGAGCACAAAUACGGCGGCCACCUCAUCUCCCGCCGCGCUGCCACCAAGAUCCAGACCGCCUUCCGCCAGUACCAGCUCAGCAAGAACUUCGAGAAGAUCCGCAACUCCCUGCUGGAGAGUCGCCUGCCGCGGCGCAUCUCCAUGCGCAAGGUGCGCGUGCAGAACGCUGAGGGCUUCUCCGCCGAGCGGGCACUGGCCGAAGGCUGCAGCCUGGCGGGUAUCCCCCUAGUGCGCUCGCCAUCACUGCCCGCCACAGUGGGCGGCACCCUGACCGACCUGGAGGACUCAUUCACAGAGCAGGUGCAGUCGUUGGCAAAGUCCAUUGACGACGCACUCAGCAACUGGAGCCUGAAGACCAUGUGCUCCCUCCAGGAAGGAGGGGCCUACCAGUUCAGUGCAGAGUCCUUCAGUGCGGCCGGGGGAGGAGGGGAAGUGGGAGGAGGAGGGUUGGACCAGGCUUUUCUCCAGAGCAUAUCCGGUGGGGAGAAUACAGGCGACCUGCCCCGCAGCGCCAGCAAGCUGCUGAUGGCCUUCCGCGACGUGACCGUUCAGAUUGACAAUCAGAACUUCCGCAUGUCCUCCUCCGUCAUGGAGUCAUCGGCCUCUGUCUCCAUGGGCAACUGCGUCCAGCAGCAGCAGGGGGGUGCAGCCACCACCCCCACCAUGCCCACCGCUCCCCCGCCCUCACCCCCUAAAAAACACUCCCCUCCUCCCCCUGAAGAGGUCCCCGCCGAAACCACAGACCCCCCUGUCCCUCCCCACGAGCCCCCUCCGCCCCCAGAACCAGUGGUAGAAGGAGAGGGGCAGGACGCCGACUUCCCUGCGCCCCCGCCCAGUGAAGAGGAGCUAGAGGAGGAGGAGGGCCAGCAACCCCCCUUGACCCCCCUGGACAAACUAGCCAACCCACAGACCCCGGAGGUGGUCAUCCAGCCCGUCCAGCCACCUCAACCCCAGGAUGGUGCACCCUCAGUGGCAACCCCAUCCACCGAGGCCCUGGAGGCCAAGCGGAGCGGCUCGGAGACGGCUGAAACCAGUUCCGAGCAGAUAAGCUGCAGCAACAGCACUUCCACGGAGGCACGCUCGGCAUCGGAGGCCUCAUCCAAGGAGGCCCUGCAGGCCAUGAUCCUCAGCCUGCCGCGCUACCACUGCGAGAACCCGGCCAGCUGCAAGUCGCCCACACUCUCCACCGACGUCAUGCGCAAGCGCCUCUACCGCAUCGGCCUCAACCUUUUCAAUGUUAACCCUGAUAAGGGUCUCCAGUUCCUGAUCUCACGAGGUUUCAUCCCAGACACGCCCAUAGGUGUGGCUCACUUCCUGCUUCAGAGGAAGGGCCUGAGCAGGCAGAUGAUUGGAGAGUUCCUGGGAAACAGCAAGAAGCCCUUCAACAGAGACGUCCUAGAUUGUGUGGUGGAUGAGAUGGAUUUCUCAGGGAUGGAGCUGGAUGAGGCUCUGAGGAAGUUCCAGGCUCACAUCAGAGUCCAGGGAGAGGCCCAGAAGGUGGAGAGACUGAUCGAGGCCUUCAGUCAGAGGUACUGCAUGUGUAACCCGGACGUGGUGCAGCAGUUCCACAACCCCGACACCAUCUUCAUCCUGGCCUUCGCUAUCAUCCUCCUCAACACAGACAUGUACUCACCCAACAUCAAGCCUGACCGCAAGAUGAUGCUGGAGGACUUCAUACGCAACCUCCGAGGUGUGGAUGACGGAGCUGACAUCCCCAGAGACAUGGUGGUGGGCAUCUAUGAGAGGAUCCAACAGAGAGAGCUGCGCUCCAAUGAAGACCACGUCACCUAUGUCACCAAGGUGGAGCAGUCCAUUGUGGGCAUGAAGACAGUUCUGUCUGUUCCCCACAGAAGAUUGGUGUGCUGUAGCCGUCUGUUUGAGGUGACGGACGUCAACAAGGCCCAGAAACAGGCAGCCCACCAGAGAGAAGUCUUCCUCUUCAAUGACCUUAUCGUGAUCCUGAAGCUGUGCCCGAAGAAGAAGAGUUCAGCAGCCUACACCUUCUGUAAAGCCCUGGGCCUCCUGGGCAUGCACUUCACACUGUUUGAGAACGAGUGUAAGUCACCUAACACCAGCAUCACUACUCACCCUCCAAAGGAGAGA